AUGAACCGUGCCAGUUCCGGGCAGGAUUUGACUGAGAACCCACCCCCGGCUCCAGAAGUGCGGAAGCGAGCGCUGGUCACCUUCAACGCGAGGGUGAAGGGUGGUCAGUGUUGCGACAGCGCCACGCAGACAGCGCCAGCCAUCACGCUGUCGAAGAUGUAUGGAGGCAUCGUGCCGCGCUACAUCCAGCUGCUAGGCUGCAAAUCAGAUGGGGGAGAGGCACAAGAAAGUGCAGAGCGAAUCGACGCGGAAGGGCCAAGGCGGGAGCUGGCUCGACUGCGCCAGGCUCUUUGGUCAUUUCGUGAGAUUGGUGCUGCCCUGUUACCUGAGCACACUGGUCUUAUCUUGGUCCCUGAGCUUGUCAGGAAAAUCAGCUCCUCCGAUAUCGAAUCGCCUCUGUGGAGUGCAACGCAAACAGCUCCGGCCCUCACCUUCUCGACUGGCAGAGGACUGUUAGGCGGAGCAAAGAUGGCCCUGGACAGGAAGUGGAUGUGGGAGGAGAUGCUGGCGAUGCUGCACCCCUUCACGAUCGCUGUAGCUAGCCUGGCCAGCCGUCAGAUUCGCUCUAUGUGUGUUUCCCCCAAUGGUCUUCUUAUUGUGCCAUACAUUAUCGUCUUCUGUGAUGAUUUCGACGGCCCUGGAACUACAGACCAAAUGCUCCGUGCGUUGCCAGCCAUUGACAAAGGAGAAGUGGUUGAGAUAGAGAUCUGUGACGGCAGGGAGCUUGCAAAUCCGGUCGAGAAGCGGGACCGUUUCAGCUUGUGCCUGGGAUGGCUGCUGGGCCCUUUCAACAAGCUGCGUGCUGUUUCGAUAGACGUCGAAUACGGCCUCGGGGACCAAAGCCUUUGGGUGACCAUGCUCCUGAAUCUGAAACGCCAUUGUCCCAAGCUGGAACACCUCAGCAUGUACAGCUAUCCACAAGAGGUCAUCAAGGCAUUGCCCACUUUCCAAAGCUUAACAAGCCUGCACAUGGCCAUUCAGAGCACCCCGCAUGCUCCAGCGACAUCGAUGCUGGAAAGAUUGGCCGACUGUUCAUCGUCCUUGCCAGCAUUGGAUACUCUGUUGCUAGAGGUGGCCCCAGGAACAGAAGAGUGUCUGUCCUCGCUGCAGAGAUGCUUGGAUGCUUUUCCGCUCUGCUAUGCCCGCAUCAUCGAAAUCGUUCACGAUCCUCAAGCUCAGGAAGCUGGGACACUCCCAGGCACACUCUCGCAUGUUAAAUGGCCGACGAAGUGCCGCACCGUCUCGUUGUCAAGCUUGUUUUCCGGGGAGGACUUGUGUACACUGGCUGAGCAAAUCUGCUUGGGCACCGUCAACUGCCUCUAUUUAACCACUGGGCCGCUGACAACUGCUGCCCAUGCGAAAAAGUUUCUGGCAACCCUCGAAGGUUCGCAGCUGAAAGGCUUUGGUUGGGAGUUUCCUGACCAGACUGUUUCACACGAGGUGCUCAAAGUUAUCGGGGACAGUGCAUGCAGCCUCGUCCAGCACCUCAAGUCUUUACGGGUUCUGGAGAUCGGCAGCAUAUCUGGAACAUUUGAACCACCGGAUUUGUCAGCCCUUGCUGAAGAGCAUCGGGUGCAUUGGCGUCUGGCCUGGAAGUGGGGCGAAGGGGCAUGGCCAGUUAGAAGCUGGGGACCUUGCAGACAGCCGUAA